AGAACUCGCAGAGCAAAGCAACGAUCGCCAAGUCUUUCCUUCAAUACAACGACUAUCUAAGAUGAGGAGUAGCCAGAUGUUGCUCCUGGCGAUCGCCUUCCUUGCCCUAGCAUCAGAUGUGGCAACGGAGGCGUCAGUGGGCGUUGAAGGAAUCCCUUGUACGACAAGCAUUAUCCCGUCGCCAAAGCCAUGUGAUAACAAUAGCUGCAAUCAGGCAUGCAUCGACCGUGUGUGGGUCGGCGGAUAUGGCGAGUGUGUUGCGGGGGCGUGCAAGUGCCAGCAGUGCACAUACAUUCCUCCCAAAAAUGGAAACUGAUUAGCUAUGAUUGGAUGCCAUGUUCAACUGAAUAAUGUGAUGAGAUCGUAAAUGGUGUAGCAACAAGGUUGUUGACCGAUAAGCCGUAUGAAGAACGAUGAAUUUUGUCUUGCUUCUUGAAUUAUCAGAGACUAUAAAGUGAGAUAUAUGAUGUUAACACUUAAAA